AUGGGGCGCCCGCCCGGUGUGAGCUCUCCCGCGGUCGGGUUCGCGCAGCGCUUCCCUCGGCCUCCAGCGCGCAUCCUCCGGCUCCGGGUGGACGGGGCGCGCGGUGGACCCGCGGUCACCUGCUCGGCGGGAGAGGGAGGCGUCUGCGGAGGAGGAGACCUGCAGCCUGUGGGAUCCAGCCGGUCCCCGCAGGGAGAAGUCACUCUCCCUCCCAACAUUUUUUUAGCAGUUCCAUUCUGUCUUCUAGAGGCGGGGGAGAUAGAUACAGGAGGAGAGGUGAAGAAGGCUUUGAUUUGCGCUAGGCAGAUGAAAAUCAUGAUGGAAAGGAGAGAGAUGGAGCAGGCAUGAGUGAUGGAAACCUUGAAGAAAUGUAAAGAAGAAAACCAGGGGGCCCUGAAACUCAUGAAUGAAGUGCAAGAACAUUUGGAGGAAGAAGAAGAGUUAUGCCAGGCAUCUUCUGUGGAUUCCUGGGAUGGAUGCAGGCCAUGUCUGGACAGUAACUGCAUGAGAUUUUAUACAGCUUGCCAGCCUGUUUGGUCCUCUGUUGACCUUGAGUCCGUUAUUCCCCUGCUGCAGUCUCCACGUGGUAGGACUACAGAUGUGCACACCAUCCUUAUAGCUGGGUCAGAGAGACCUGCCUCAGAGAUGUUACCUGAGCCAAAUGGAGGAAUGUGCGAGGAAUUUAACCAGAAUUUAUCUGGAUGUAUGAAAUUUCACAGAAGAUGCCCAAAUUGUCACAAUGACCUAUCUGAAGACUGCCCUGACGUACCUGAAUUCCUUGAGGCUCUGAAAUUAGUCAACAUAUCCACUCAGCAAUAUGAUCAGAUUGUUUGGAUGGUUCAGUAUCAUAUGGAAGACAUUACACAUCUGAUGAAAGAGAUGCAAGAACAGUUUGGAUGGGUGUCUCAACUAGCAACCCAUAACCCAGUGACUGAGGGCAUCUUUAACUCAACAAAGGAAGGAGAAGGCAUCAGUGUGGAAAAACAAGUGUUUGCUAACUAUGUCUGUGUGGGUGUGCAAACUGGAAACCUGCGGACAGCUAGGAACAUCAAAGGGAAGCAUCAAGUGAGUAUUGGGGAGAGCACAGGAAGAACAAAUGGGGCCUGGUAA